AUGGCUGUAGAAAUGAUCGUCGAGCCCAAAUGGGUGGUGCAAAACUUUGGAAACGUCCGCAUCCUCGACUGCUCAUGGACCUUCAAGCCGAAAGCCGACGUUGCCGAGUACAAGGCCAAGUACUACAACAAGUUUGGCGUCGGAAUGAACGAGUUGAAGAAUCCCGAGUACCUGGCUGAACACAUCAACGGUGCCGCCCACUUCAACUUCGACAUUGCCUACUAUCCGACGGAGGACGAACGCUUUGGACUGUACACUCCCGAGGAGUUCUCGUCGUAUGUCAAGCGAUUGGGCGUGUUCAACGGAGACCAUUUGAUUUUGUAUGGACGUGGAAAGGAUGGUGGUAUGGCUGCUGCGUCGAGAGCCUAUUGGACUUUUAGAUACUACGGUUACACCCAAGUGUCUGUUCUCAACGGUGGACUCGAUGCCUUCAAGCUUGCCCAGGGAGUGGUCCAAUCUGGUGAGAGCAUGAUUUCGGGAGGAAACUUUGAGUCCAAAUCGGUCGACAAUAACAUUCUCGCCAAAUUGGCCGAUGUUCCAUUUGGAAACCUCUCUUCCAUCAAGUACCUCGACGCUCGUAGCAAGGAAGAAUUCAUUGGAAAGGUUCCAAUUGGAUAUCCAGACUCUAAGGCUGAGGGUGUCAGAUGCAAGGAUGCCAUUCAUUUCCCAAUUGGAGAAGUUUGCGCCGCCAAGGGAUUCAAGAAGAAGACUGAUUGCGAUCAAGCCUUCGCCGCGAAGGGAAUCAAGGUUGGUGACACUGUUGUCAUUGGAUGUGGAAUCGGAGUGUCUGCCUCUGCAGUCUGGUUGGCAGCCGCCCGUUCGGGAAUUGUUGCCAAAUUGUACAAUGGAGGAGUGCACGAGCUGGCCUACAAGGCUCCACAACACCUCAACACCAAGGGUUAA